UGUCUAGCUAGCACCUGUCCAUAUAACAGCAAAUCACCAUGUCUUACGCAGAUGUAGCGAAGAAGGGCCCUCACCAGAGUGCCGAAGAAGCCCGUGCUCCGGCCAUGCCCGAAGUCGAGCGCUCCGACGAAAGUGUCCACUCCCUCGUCGACGUCGACUCCCCCCACGUCUCCUCUGUCCCGUCAGACUUCGAGUCCCAGUCGAUAAAGACGGACACGCAGGCCGAACGCAUCGAGCUCGAGGAGCGCGCCAGGCAACAGGCCGCGAAGGAGAAGGAGGCCAAGGACAAGGCCAAGGAGAAGGCCAAGCGUGGCAGCGACAUAGCGAAGCAGAAUGCGAAGAAUCCCGUUAUAUUGGGCAAUGCUCUGACGUUGGGCAUUCUGGGAACCCUCCUCGGCAUUGGCGCGUACAGGAAGUAUGCUGCCAAUAAGUUGACGUGGAAGCUAGUAGGGACGUGGGCAGGUGUUGUGGGUCUGUUUGCCCUGGGGGACUACUAUGUCAGCCAGUGAGUUUGGUCCGGCUUUUCGCGAAGAUCCAUAAUGAGGCUAACAGAUGUCCGUAGAUACUUUUUCAAGAAGUACCCGGCGAAGAAGUAAACAUUGUGCAACCCUGACGCAGAGUCUCGUCGGAUUUCUCUUCACCAGGAUUUGCGGACGGGUCCGUUGGUCUGUCCAAAUGGAUUUCUCCCUAUCAUGGACUACGCAGUUCCCCCCUCCCUAUUUUCUG